UGAGCAUGGGCAUAAACUCAUCCUUUUUUUCCCACGGCCAUCACGCAAAACAUUAACGAACAGAAGCAUUCAUCUUCUCUCUGUUAAGAAGUCCUCUUGUGGAACCCUACUGUAAUUACUUCAGCCACUUUGCAAACUCUCCCAGCGGCAAAGGCGUGCCUUCCCACGCAGAAGCUGUUUCCUACGCCGCAUCUUGAGCGUUUGCCCGCUGUUUCGUUCGAACCUUUCCACCUCUCGUAAUGGGUCGCCAGAGAAGCCACACGGGACCAGGUCAGUCUCCACACUGGACUGCUCCGCCGGCCGCCAACGAGUUGUGGGAAAAGUACAGCAAGGAGGAAAAUACCGACGAGGCUACUAUCCAAGAGUCCUUCAUCCGCCAUGCAACGAAGACCUUGGCUCGCAGCUCCUUCAACAUGGACAACGUUGCUGCCUACAAUGCGACUGCGCAUAGCGUCCGAGAUCACUUGAUCGAUCGCUGGAAUUUGACUCAACAAUGCCACAGCAGGGUGGAUGCCAAGCGCGUGUACUACAUGUCCCUGGAGUUCUUGAUUGGACGUACCCUCGACAACGCGUUACUCAACCUGAGUAUGAAAGACAACUAUCAGCACGCGAUCCAGCAGGUUGGGUUCCGUUUGGAAGAUCUGAUCCACGAGGAAACCGAUGCCGCGCUUGGAAAUGGUGGCCUGGGAAGAUUAGCGGCGUGUUUCAUGGAUUCGCUCGCGACAUUGGACUAUCCAGCGUGGGGAUAUGGCUUGAGAUAUGAAUAUGGUAUCUUCCAGCAGAAGAUCAUAGACGGAUAUCAAGCCGAGUACCCUGACUACUGGUUGACUGCCGAUAACCCAUGGCAAUUGACGCGUCUCGAUGUCACCUACGAUGUCUUGUUCCGUGGCUCAGUGGAGAAGUACACCGAUGCCAAAGGUCGGCAGCGCUGGCGCUGGGAUAGUUCCGAGAAGGUCGUAGCUGUUGCGAAUGACUAUCCGAUUCCGGGGUGCGGAACGCAGAACUGCAUCAACAUUAGACUCUGGUCUAGCAAGCCCAAGAAGGAGUUUGAUUUCGCCAGUUUCAACGACGGAAACUAUGACAAAAGUGUUGAAGAGCAGAAGAGCGCGGCCAACAUCACCAGUGUGCUGUAUCCCAAUGACAACCACUUGGUCGGAAAGGUGUUGCGAUUGAAGCAGCAGUACUUCUUCGUUAGCGCCACUCUCCAGGACAUUAUUCGACGAUUCAAGAAGUCUGCAAAACCAUGGUCUGACUUCCCCAAUCAGGUGUCUAUUCAAUUGAACGACACGCACCCCACGCUGUCCAUUGUUGAGUUGCAGCGGAUUUUGCUGGAUGAGGAGGGUCUGGAUUGGGACGAGGCAUGGAACAUCGUCAGCAAGACAUACUCCUACACCAACCAUACCGUUCUGCCCGAGGCGCUUGAGCGAUGGUCCGUCCCGCUCGUUUCCGAUCUCCUACCUCGACACAUGAGCAUCAUCUUCGAACUCAACUUGUACUUCCUGCAAAAAGUGGAGAAGAAGUUCCCGGACGACCGUGACCGCCUGCGCCGCAUGUCGAUCAUCGAGGAAGGUCACCCGCAGUUUGUUCGCAUGGCGUAUCUCGCCGUUGUGGGUAGUCACCACGUCAACGGUGUCGCCGAGUUGCACUCCGAGCUUGUCAAGACGACCAUUUUGAAGGACUUUGUGGCCUUCUAUGGAGCGGAGAAGUUCGUCAACGUGACAAACGGUGUCACGCCCCGCCGCUGGCUGCACCAGGCGAACCCGUCUCUCAGCAAGCUGAUCACCGACAAGCUCUCCGGGAAGGGAUGGUUGAAGGACCUAUCGAAGCUGUCGGAGCUCAAGAAGUACGCCACCGACCCGGCUUUCCAGAAGCUGUUCAUGGAUAUCAAGUUCCAGAAUAAAGUUCGACUUGCCGAGUACAUUAAGGAAAACCUGAAGAUUGAUGUCUCGCCGAAUGCCUUGUUCGACGUGCAGUGCAAGCGUUUGCAUGAGUAUAAGCGUCAGCAUAUGAACAUUUGGGGAGUGAUCCAUCGCUAUGAGCGAUUGAAGAAACUCAGCAAGGAGGAACUGAGGAAAGAGGUUCCGCGAGUUGUUUUCUUCGCAGGAAAAGCCGCUCCGGGCUACUACAUCGCCAAGUUGAUCAUCAAGCUCAUCAACAACGUCGCUGCCGUCAUCAACAAAGACCCAGCUACAUCGGAGUACCUCAAGCUCAUCUUCAUCCCCAACUACAACGUCUCCGUCGCCGAGAUCCUGAUUCCAGCCUCUGAUAUCUCCCAGCACAUCUCCACCGCGGGCACCGAAGCCUCCGGGACGUCCAACAUGAAAUUUGUGCUGAACGGCGGUUUGAUCCUGGGAACGGUCGAUGGAGCCAACAUCGAGAUUGGGGAGGAAGUCGGCGAGGAGAAUAUCUUCUUCUUUGGAGCUUUGGCGCCGGAGGUGGAUGACAUUCGUUAUAAGCAGCUGUAUCGUCAUGAUCCUAUGGAUGAGAAGCUGGCUGCCGUGGUGAAGAGCAUUAGGCAGGGAACUUACGGAGAUGCCGGAGUGUUUGAACCGCUGAUCGAAACACUGGACAGCGACAAGUACAUUAUCAGCAAGGACUUUACGCCAUACUUGCAAGCCAUGGACAAAGUUGACGCGGCGUACCGCGACACCACCGGCUGGGCGAAGAAAUGCAUCAUUGCAACAGCCAGCAUGGGCAAAUUCAGUUCUGACAGGUCCAUCAAUGACUACGCUCAACGGAUCUGGAACAUCAAGCCCGUGGCUGCGUCACAGAACUCACCCGUCUCUGCUUGAAUGAACUUUGGAUCUUUGCUGGGGACUGUUAGGACCUUGUGGAUAAUUUGUUCUUUGUGCAGACUUUCUUUCUUGUGGCUAGUGUGUUUUCUGUUCCUUCGUCAAUAUUGAAUGGAUCAGCCGAGGCCUCUUUCUUUCUUCUGUCAACUGUUGUCGCAACGUGAGGAAGCAAAGGCGAUGUGUACGUGCUAAAGUCUCCGGGAGCGA